UAUGCGCGAUCCGGGGAAUGAUAACAUUGACAACUAUUUGCGAUACGGAAUUCAAGCUUUCGGUUCUGCUUCUUAUACAGCCAUUUUCAAAAAUAACACCUGCAGCGGUUCUCCUCUGAUGUUAAAAUUUCAUUUAAAAGAAGGCGAUAUACUGUUAUAUUUGUCUUCGACGUGGGAUAUUUCCAAGGUCGCCGAGGAUCAUCAAGCAAGAACUUUAGGUGUAAAUUUAAACCACUAUUCUAAAUCUACUACUCCGAUUGGAUAUGGUCAUGAUCUUUUGUUGGAUGAUGAAACGAAUAGGUCCUAUCGAAAGAAAAAUCAUAAAUCAUAUAACCAAGGCCUACCCGGUAUUGGAAAAGUCAAGAAAGGAUUCAAAUAUCCAUUCAAAGUUCGGGGAGAAGUUUUAUUUGGAGUUUAUCCUGUCUUAUGCGCUAUGGAACAAGGUCGAAGAGACAUACAUCGGCUUCAUAUAAAAGAAAGUCUUUUCAACGAACCCGGCGAAGGCAUUCGAACAAUUCUUCAUAAAUCUCAAGAACUUGGAACAAUUUUAAAACCUGUUACAAAGAGCACUUUAGACUCUCUUUCACAGCAAAGACCACAUCAAGGAGUCUGCUUAGAAGUUGGAAAGUUAGACUAUCUUCGUGAAAUAAAAGACUUACAACCAGCUGAGAAGCUAAUCGUUUAUAUCGACUCUGUUCAGGAUCCUAUGAAUUUUGGUUCACUUGUAAGGUCAUGCUAUUAUUUUGGAGUUAAUAGGAUAAUAGCGUCAAAGGAAUGCUGCCAUUUGUCGCCUGUUGUUGCUAAAGCUAGUUCUGGUGUUUCCGAAAUAGAACCGAUUUAUCAACUACCUGACAUCUCAUUCAUACGUCAAUUAAAGAUGGAUGGCUGGAUUGUUGUUGGAACUUCGACAUCCGCCAAAAAUUCAGAAAAUAUAGCGGAAAUUCGUCACAAAUUACGAGCAAUAGAUAAAAUAUUGCUAAUUUUAGGGAAUGAAGGAUAUGGUAUUUCCAGUAGUCUAUUAAAUGAAUGCGAUCUCUUUGUUAAAAUUAAUUCGGGUAAGGUAUUAAAUCAACAUGUCGACUCUCUAAAUGUGUCAGUAGCGACCGGUAUACUUCUCUAUCAACUGACAAACUUGUAA